GCGAUAGAAAAAUAAAACCCAAAACCAAAAAGAAAGAAGGACCCUCCAUUUACAAUUUCACCCUUAAACCCUCAUCCCAAACGAACCCUAACGAACAACGAAGCCUCCUCCACCAUUUGCGUUAACCCUAAAACACUCUUCAAAGCUCAGAGCUUCACUUCCCUCAUCAUCAAUGGCGUCGCAAAUGACGAUCCUCUCAAGAGCCCGCUCCUUCAUCCCAAAACCCACUCUCAUUAAAACCAUCUCCACCUUCCCGUCCCUCUUCCAAGAACCCCAACUCGCUACCCCUGAACCCACCCAUCCAACCACCACCACCACCACCUCCCUCCCUCCAAACCCAGCCUCGGGAUCCCCACUCUACAAUGAAAACUGGCGAAACCCAAUCCCACCAUCUUCCUUCACUGCCUCCUCUAUCACCCCUCAGAACUUGUUCACCAACCAGCAACAAGGGUUCCAAAUGCAAACACUCUCCAACACCCACGACGCGACCUCGCUGAUGAACCUCUUCGCUAGUUGGAUGGCGUCGCAGCAGUGGGCCGACGUAAAGGCCCUGUUCGAGGCCUGGGUGAGGUCUCUCGACAAGAACGGCAAGCCCAACAAGCCCGACGUCGGUCUGUUUAACCAUUACCUUAGGGCUAAUCUCAUGCUUGGGGCUUCUGCCGCCGAGUUGUUGGAUCUACUUGCACAGAUGGAUGAAUUCCAGAUUGUCCCUAAUACGGCGUCGUUUAACCUUGUCCUUAAGGCUAUGUAUCAGGCCAACGAAACCGUUGCUGCCGAGAAGCUCAUCGAACGGAUGCUGCAGACAGGCAAUGAAUCUCUCCCCGAUGCUGAAUCAUAUAACUUGGUCAUUGGAAUGCUCUUUCAGUCUGACCAGAUUGAUGCUGCAUUCAAACAUAUAGAUUUAAGUUUGAAAUCUGGUUCUGUGUUGUCAAUGAACGUAUUUAUGGAAUGUGUGAAGAGUUGUGUCAAAAAGCACAGACUUGAUUUAUUGGUUACAAUAAUUGAAAGGUGCAGGACAACAGAUCAGAACAAAUCACUUUGUCCCUCCUGGAGUAUGUGCAAUUAUAUAGUUGAAAUUGCUGUUCAAGAGGAUAAUAGCAAGUUAGCUUUUUAUGGCCUGCAAUUUAUGGCUAAGUGGAUGUUGAAGGGUGAAAGUGCAAGACCUGCCUUAUUACUUUCCGUAGAUGAAGGUUUAGUUGUGGCAGCUCUUGUGACUGCAGGUAGAACUUAUAAUUCCGAGCUGUUAGGAGCAUCAUGGGCAGUUUUGAUCCGCUCAUUGCGUAAAAAUAAAGCUCCUAAUCCAGAAUCAUAUCUUGGAAAGAUAUAUGCCCAUGCAUCCAUGGGGAACCUACAAAAGGCUUUUGCUACUUUACAUGAUUAUGAGUCUGCAUAUGGAGAAUCCACUGAAGAAGUCGAAGACUUGUUCUGCCCGUUUACUUCUUUACAUCCAUUGGUUGUUGCAUGCUCCAAGAAAGGUUUUGAGACUUUGGAUACUGUUUUUUUUCAACUGGAGAAUUUAAGCCGUGCAGAGAAUCCUUAUAAAUCUGUUGCUGCCCUAAACUGCAUCAUUUUAGGUUGUGCAAAUAUAUGGGACCUUGAUCGUGCCUACCAGACUUUUGACGCAAUUGGAUCUGAUUUUGGGUUGACCCCUAAUAUUCAUUCAUAUAAUGGGCUAAUUUAUGCUUUUGGGAAGCUCAAGAAGACAAGUGAGGCUAUGAGGGUGUUCGAGCAUCUCUUGAGUUUGGGUGUUAAGCCCAAUGUAAAAUCAUAUUCGCUCCUUGUUGAUGCCCACCUGAUUAACCGUGAUGUCAAAUCUUCCUUGGCAGUUCUUGAUGAUAUGAUUGCUGCGGGGUUUGAACCAUCAAAAGAGACACUAAGCAAGGCCAGAAGGCGAUGUAUGCGAGAGAUGGAUUAUGAAAGUGAUGACAGAUUGGGAUCAAUUGCAAGAUCUCUGAAGAUACCAAUAGGUUCAGAAGGCCGUCGGAACCUUUUGUUUAAUCUUGAUUACAGUGUGGAAUAUGCUUAAAAAGUGAGAUAACUCGUAUCCUGAGACAGCACAUUUCUUUUGAUGCCCCAAUCAAUUGUUUAAAGAAAAUUGGCAAAUAUUAUAUGCAUCCAUCUCUGGGAGUUCCAGUAUGUAUAUUAGUGGAUGGGGUGCAAAAUUCUCGGCCAUAGUAGGGUCACCCAGGGUUAUCUUCCUGCAAUCUUCAUUUUUGUAUUGUGUUUGAGGCGUCAGUUUAUGGAAGAUGGAACUGGCUUUCUUAGCGAAGACUGAGCAGUGAGUUUUCAGCUAAGUAUUAUAAAAUAAUUGAAGGACAGGUCCAAUUUAGGUAGGAUAGAUACCAAGGAUGCAAUUUACAUUUUUAAUGAUUAUUUUGUUUUCACUUAGUUUUUCUUUAUUUUUGGCAUUUGCUUCUUUUUGAGGACCUUGUGCUGGAAAAUGACUAGAAGCUGCAAGGCUUUGGAAGCCUUAGUAGCAGAAUUACUAACCGUUAUUUUUAGCAUUUGCUUGUAUCUAAUUCUACUGCAAAUGCUACCAUGUUAAAUUAAUUCGGUGCCCUUUCAAUAAUUCUGAAA